CACGGAUUACCCGAAACGUGAAGUGAAGGUGAACGACUCUCCGCCACACAACCCCAACCCUUGUCCCAUCCGCGGCGGCACCCAGCUCUCUCUUUCCACCCUCCAAAAAUACAUCCCCACAUACACCCACACUCCCACACACCCGCCCGCCGAUACCGUGCUCGGACGACACGCCCCAGCGCGAUGUUGGAUACUCCGACCCAGAUCACGUCACACCUCCUGGCCGCUCUCAAUCUCCCGCCGCUCGAGAACGCCUCCCCCUACCCGCUUCGCAACCGCCCCCUCCCGCUCGAGCCCGCCGCGUCCUCGCCGCAGCGGGAUGCUUACACCUCCGUCAGGAGGCCCGUACAGCAGCAACAGCAGAACAACCAGCAGCACCACCAGCAACAGCAGCAGCACCAGCAGCACCACCAACAGCUUCACCACCAACAGCACCACCAGCUGCAGAAUGACCAGACAGACGACCACCACCAGAUUUCGACCGGCGAUACUCAAUCCUCUCCCGUUCCGCUAGCGUACCCGCCCAUCAUCACGCCGCCGAAAGCUGCCGAACCCCCGCUGCAGCACGGUUACCACCCUUCGCUUCAGACACAGCUACAGCAGGCUGGGGCGUCGCAGCCGCCGCAACAGUCGUCGCCGCUGCAGCAGUCCUCGCCUGUUACUAGACGUUCUCAGCGCCAGCAGGAGCAGCAGCAGCAAGAGCAGCAACAACAGCAACAUGAGUACCAACAGCAGCAGCAACAGGAUCAGCAGCAGGAUCAGCAGCAAGGGCAACAGAAGAAGAAGCAGGGAAAGAGACGACGCAUGCGACGGAAGUGGACCGAGCAGGAAACCAACGAUCUCAUCAUCGGAUGUCGCGAGCACGGCGUGGGAAAUUGGAAGAAGGUCCUGGAUGACCCCAAGUACAAGUUUGACGACCGGUCAGCUGUGGACUUGAAGGACCGUUUUCGCACAUGUUUCCCGAAGGAGUACCGGAAAGACGCCAUGCUCGCCGAACAGCAGGUCAAGCUCGAAGCCACCCAGGAGGGGAUGGAAGCAUUGGUGGAAGUCGGUCACAUGCACACUAUGCUCGGGCCGGCGCCGACCCAACAGCCGGAACGCGGUCGGCGGAAGGUUACAAAGACGGAAUUGCACCACGCCGAAGUCCUGAAGGGGCUCGGCAUCAGCGACCGUUUCCCCAAGGUGGCACGCAGGGAGCGACGCGAGUUUACGGCAGAGGAGGACCAUCGCCUCUUGCAGGGAUUCCAGAUCUACGGUCCGUCCUGGAGCAGAAUCCAGGGCGAUCCUGCGCUACAUCUCGCUCAUCGACGAAGCACGGAUCUGCGCGAUCGGUUUCGUAACGCUUUCCCGGACCGAUACGAGUCUGCCGGUUUCAAGGCGCGCCCACGACAGGUCAAGUCCGAGUCCGUUACGGCGGAAGAAGAGUCGUACGGGGAAGAGGACGUGGAUGAGGACCACUACUCCGAUAAACAGCUGUCAAUGGUGGAUCCGGCGAUGGCCAUGGCUAUGCAGGAGCCACCACCACAGCCUACUAAAGCCGACUCUACCGCGUUCAUCGUAAACAAUCUGAUGAACGAGCAUCUUGCCGCAAACUGGAUCGAGCCUCUUACUCCCUCGGAGCAGGUUGGAUGCAUCGAGACCCCUGUGAGUGAUGGGAUUCCCGGCUCGGCCGACCAGUCGCCGGUAUCUGGGAUCUUACCGUUGGACCCGGCACUCGAUACAGGUUUCGGGCCCGUGACGCUGGAGCAGCUUACUAGCGACAUUCUCGGGACGACCAGGCGACCCAGGGGCUCUCAAGCUCCGGUCAACACCAACGGUGAUGGGCUCAACUGGGAUGACAUGUCCAGCCACUCCAUGUUUGCCGAUGUCGAGUCGGCCUUCGCGAUGGAUUCCAAACCUAUGGCCAACAUGAACGGUAGUUGUAACGAGGUCAAAUCCCCCGUCACUAUCAAUACCACCAUUACUACCAAGCCCGCUUCCAAACCGAACGCGGCCAGUGCUCCCAGAAAGAGAAGGCCUUCGGGUUCGGUGUUGAAAAAACCCACGGAGAAGAAGAGCCGCGUCAAUACCAAGGCUUGAUGUGAGGUGAUACCGCGGAUACUGCGGAUACGGUUAGAUUGCGCGAAAGUGUAAAACAUGGCUUGGGCUGGGUUCUCUGUCACUUGUUUUUUUCCCCAUCUUUUCCUUUUUUCCUUUUUCCCUUUUUUUUCCCUUUUUUUUUCCAUUUUUUCCAAUAUUUUUCCUUUGGGGUCGGGCGAACGGAUUUGCAUUUUUUUGUAUCGUAUCGAAUUUUUUUGUGCUCGUCUUUUUGCACGUCUUUUGCAACGAAAUGUAUCCUGGUUACUACCUGUGUCGAGUACCUCUGCUGCGGCUACGCGGGGCUGGGAGGGGGUGUCCGCGGAACGACUGGGAGAAUGAAAUCUUCUACUAGUAUGGACACACGAUGAUA